AUGGCGGCGACUGCGGGGCUCCCUCCCUCCGCGACGCCCGCACAAGAUGGCGGCCCAGCCACGUCUGCCAGGCGGAAGCGACGUCACCACGCACGCGAGGCCACGUGGCCUGCCCUGGGCCCGCCCCGCCCCUCUCGCGAGACUCGCGGUCGCCCGGGAGACGCCAUGGCCGAAGCGGCCCCCGAGGGGAGGCGAGCGCCGGGGGCCUCGUUGCCGCUGCAGACGCGGCUGGUGGAGAACCAGCCCUACGACGAGAGCCUGGACGUGACGGAGCCCGAGGACGUGGCCAGCCUCGACGCCCCCAGCCCCACGCAGCCCGCGCCAGCCCCCCGCCCGGCCGCGCGCAGCAGCGAGGACUUCGAGGAGGAGGAGGAGGAGGAGGAGGGGGGGCGCCCGAAGGCCGGCGGCCUGGCCCCCCCCCUGCCGCCGCCAGCCCCGCUGGGCCCCGCCUCCUGCCCCAAGAAGGCCUCCGCCGCCCGCCUGGCCGCCCACCAGCAGCGCCGCUUCAGCGAGAACGACGUGGAGGACGAGGACGACGACGACGACGAGGACUCCUCCGAGACGGACUCCGAGGACGACGACGAGGAGCACGGAGCCCCCCUCGAGGGGGCCUACAACCCCGCCGAGUACGACUGCCUGCCCGUCUCCCUGGAGAUCAAGGACCUCUUCCAGUACAUCCGCAGGUAUUCUCCACAAAUGAUCGACCUGGAGCACAAGCUGCGGCCUUUCAUCCCGGACUUCAUCCCCGCAGUAGGAGACAUUGACGCCUUCCUGAAGGUCCCCCGCCCGGAUGGAAAGCCAGAUAACCUGGGCUUGCUGGUGCUAGAUGAGCCAUCCACAAAGCAGUCGGACCCUACGGUGCUUUCCCUCUGGUUGACAGAAAACUCCAAGCAGCACAACGUGGCCCAGCAAAUAAAAGUGAAGAGCUUGGAGAACGCUGAGAAGAACCCCAAAGCCAUUGACAGCUGGAUUGAGAGCAUCAGCGAGCUCCAUCGCUGCAAGCCUCCAGCCUCUGUACACUAUGCCAGGCCCAUGCCUGACAUAGACUCACUGAUGCAAGAAUGGUCCCCUGAGUUUGAAGAACUGCUUGGGAAGGUGAGCCUGCCAACAGCGGAGAUCAGCUGUAGCCUUGCAGAAUAUACAGACAUGAUCUGUGCUCUUCUGGACAUUCCUGUCUACAAGAGCCGGAUCCAGUCCCUGCACACCCUGUUCUCGCUCUACUCUGAAUUCAAGAACUCCCAGCACUUCAAGGCCCCAGCAGAGGGCAAGAAGGGGACAAGCCCUCCCUCCAACUCUGCUUUGCAAGCUGGAGAGACUGAUCUUCUGAGUUUCCCCUAAGCUGUGCAAGGGAACUGCCUGCCCAGUCAGCACAAGUCCCCGAAGGCUUCCUGUGGGGCCAGGACUGCAAGGGGGAGGUGUCUUAGGGCAUUGCCCCCCCACUGGUCCAAAAGGCCCUUGGGCUGCUUCUUAGUUCCACAGCCCCCUUCUUCCUCCAGUUUCUGAGAGAUGUUUGGACCUUCCUGCACUUUGUUCUGGGCCGUGGGCAGUGCCCUUUCCUGUUCUGUGGCAAGGGGUGGAGAUGUGGGCCAUGUCCUGAAAGCCUCAGCUUUGGUUUUGUUCUGUGAUGACAUCUGAAUGCUUAUAAAUUCUAUUCAACCCUGA